UAAAGAGGUGGAGAAAUUCGUUUCGGCCUUUAGAAACGUAUGCCGAUUAGUAUUAUCUUCAUUUUCAUGAUGAUCUAGUGCAGGUUUACGUAAGCAAAUCGGUGUCCUCUACUUACUUCCCAUUUUGAUCUAUAACAAGUUAACAACUACCUUCACCUUCCUGAAAACCACAUUAAAAAAACAAAUGGGUUGGAGAGGCAUACUGGGUUUUGAGUACGGAAUCAUACAGGCACCUUUAGGACCAGAUAUCUCCGGCCCAGAACUUGUGGCUGCCGUCGCUAACGCCGGUGCUAUCGGCAUCCUCCGAGCUCCUGAUUGGGAAUGUCCAGAUUAUUUAAGGGAGCUUAUAAGGAAGACAAAGGCUUUGACUGAUAAGCCAUUUGGAGUGGGUAUUGUUUUGGCAUUUCCUCACAAGGAGAAUUUGAAGUGUGUGCUUGAAGAGAAGGUUGCGCUUUUGCAGCUUUAUUGGGGCCAAGUAACAAAAGAUGUGGUUGCUGAUGCUCAUCGAGCCGGGGUCAAGGUUGUUCCGCAGAUUGGAAGCAUUGAAGAAGCAAAGCAUGCUGCUGAUGCAGGUGUCGAUGCUAUAAUAGUUCAAGGUCACGAAGCAGGAGGCCACGUAAUUGGUCAGGAAGCAUUGACUGCGUUGGUACCACGAGUGGUCGAUCUUGUUGGGUCUAAGGGUAUACCGGUAAUUGCUGCUGGUGGAAUUGUCGAUGAGCGAGGAUACGUUGCUGCUUUGGCUCUCGGAGCGCAAGGUGUAUGCUUAGGCACCAGGUUUCUUGCAACUGAGGAGAGCUAUGCUCACCCAGAGUACAAAAAAAAGUUGGUCGAAAUGAGCGAAACAGAGUAUACAAACGUAUAUGGUCGUGCCAGGUGGCCAGGAGCACCUCAACGUGUCCUGAAAACGCCUUUCUUCUUGGAAUGGCGAAAUCUACCAAAUCAUGAGAACGAAGCUAAUCAACCAGUUAUUGGCCGUUCAACGAUACAUGGAAUGGAGAAAGAGAUCCGUCGGUUUGCGGGUACGGUUCCAAACAAGACAACAACAGGUGAUAUUGAAAACAUGGUGAUGUAUGCAGGCGAAGGGGUUGGACUUAUCAACGAAAUCUUACCAGCUGCUCAAGUCGUAAAGAGACUCGUUGAAGGCGCUCAGACUUUGAUCCAACAACGUUUAACAUCUUCAGUUUGAAUCUUAUUAGCUUGCAUAUCAUUUCAAAUUAUCUCAUGUCAUCACAGAGCAGUUUUCCAUGUUAAAAAUGUUUUAAAAUAAAAUGUUGUAAUUUAUAUUAUUAUCAUGCUCCCA